AUGUCAGGUGUGCACGUCGAGUCGAAGAUGGAGAAGAAUGGCGUCAUGCGGAUGCACGUGGUGGUGGUAUGCUCAGCGGUGGGCAUCCUUGGCCUUGUCGUUGCCAUCCUGGGAGUCGCCGGCGAGGCCUCCACGGAGAAGGCGCUGGUCCGCGGUGACACCGACAGCGGCAACGACAGCUUCAAGUGCGUGUACCGGACCACGUCGGCGCUGGGCUGCGGCAUCGUCGCGGCGCUGCUCGCGCUCACGGCCCAGGUCGUCGUCACCGCUGCCAGCGUCUGCUGCGGGUGCUGCCGGACGUGGGAGGUCCCGACGAAGACCAGGCCCAUUGUCGGCAUCGUGCUCUCCGCCGUCUCAUGGGUCAUGGUGAUUAUAGUGGCGGCACUGUUCAUCGCGGGCGCUGCGCUGAACACGGACGGAGAGAGACGGCCCACCGCCGACAACAAGUGCUACGUCGACCCGGGCAGCCCACUGUUCGCGGCGGCGACGGUCCUGUCUCUCGUCGCCACCGGCUUGCAGAUCGCCUCGUACAUCCUGCUCCAGGAAACGCCGACAGGAGGCUCCACGAAGACGCCGGCCAAGCAGCAGCCGGCGGAGUUGGCCACGGGGCAGCCGGUGCAGCUGGAGCCGCAGCAGGAUGCAGAGAAGGCGGUCGCCGGUGGUGACCAGCCGCCUUCAGCUCCUGCAUUGUCUGAAGCCAGAGAACCUACAGGUCAAGUUUGAAGCCUAUGGAAGGACGUUUGCUCCAGAAGUUCAUAAAAUGGUUAAAACUGCAAUGCCAACAUUUGUAUCUGCGUUAUAUAUCUCUUCUUUUAUUGAAAAUCGGUGAAGCAUCUAAAAUUACUCUGCCAAGUGGACGACGGGGUUAAACAUAUCCUCUCGACCACCAAUAAAUUGCCUUUUCGCAUUGUAAUUUUGCAAUCCUAGCUCCUUAUGGGAUGCCAUCUUUGUUUAACUCGGUCUAACUAUACAUUCAUGCAACAGGUAGUGAUAUAUGUUAAGAGUAC